AGCAUUAGGAAGAGGAGAGCAAGCUCAUGGCAGUGUGUCGAGCUCAUUGUCGGUGCUCGUUGUUAGCCCCUCUGUAUCUGAAGAUGUGCAAGACUCUACACCUAAUGAAGCACAAGAGCCAGAAGCUGUUUCUGAUGGUAUUUCUUCUCCUCCUGUUGGGCCACCAAAGCUGGACCAGUCAGGAAGCCCAACCCGCGUGUUGUCGGUCCUGAAUGGACGAACAUGCUUGCAAGCAUGGAUGUGGCGUAGUUGCUGUGUAACAAAAUAUAAGCUAAGGAGCGAGAGGGGUGAGGACAAGGAAUUGCAUGAACCAAACCGUUGUUAACAAUUGGUAUCAGACUCAUUCGAUCCUACAGACUUGCCUGAGAUUUGUUCGUGCUGGUUGAUUUUGUAACCAGAUCGGGUUGGUAGAGUCGAAUCGGAAGCCAUCUGAUCGGAUUCGUCUCCUGUAAUUCCCAUCCACUCCGAAUCAUUGCCGUGCCCAUGCCGAUCUGGAUCCGCCGGCCACCCACAACCACUACACCGGGCUCCAAUGUUGCCAAGGCGCCAUGAAUCUAGACACCAAGCUCAUCCUUGACAAGAUCUCCGAGCAUGACGCCACGUGGGAGAAGCUGUUCAAGGAGCAGGACGCGAAGUGGGACAAGCGCUUCAUGGAAGCCGCGUCCGAUCAGGAGAAGCGCGUCUCCGAUUUGGAGAAGGUGGUGUCAUCUCUCGAUGAGUGGCGUCCGAAAAUCAACGGCACCAUCGAUGACAUCAGGCUGGAGGUCCGUAAGCUCAACAAACAUUGGGAGCAAGCUCUCCUCGAACCUGUUCCGUAGGCGCCCUGCUCUCCCCGGCGCUCAAGUUGGCUACCGGCGACCCAGCUACCGGAGAUCUGGCUGACAAGCCCCACAAGUACUGCAUUGAAUCUUCUCACCGGGCAGAUGGUUACAGGUCCAUCACGCCCAUGAUUCAUCCCCCGAUCAAGGGUAUGUACAAAUCCCAGUCCAAUGUUGUUCCUGAUUCAAGUUCACUCUGAUAUCAUAGUAAUUGUGGAGGUUCAGGGAGUUUUGGGAAUUCAUCAUUAGAGAAGAUACCGAAAUUGAAUUUCCCCAAUUUUGACGGUGAUAAUCCUAGCCUUGGCUUAAUUGUUGUGAAGAUUAUUUUGAUUUGUGUGAAACUGAGCCGCAUAGGUGGGUUAAGAUCGCCUCGAUGUAUGUCACGGGAGCCGCUGCUCGCUGGCUUCCAUCUGUUGAGAAGAAAUUGAAAUCAUAUUCCUGGUUUGAGUUCUCAAAAUUGGUCCUAGAUAGAGUUGGUCGCGAUCAACACUAGUUGUUCGUUCGCCAAUUUUUAACAAUUAGGCAAAUAGGAACUCUAUCUGAGUAUAUCGACAAAUAUUCAAAGUUGGUGGAUCAGUUGACAGCCUAUGAAACUCAAUCUGAUCCCCUUCAUCUAACUAUGCAUUUUAUUGAUGGGUCGUGUGAUGAUUUAAAAGCUACUGUUCUCAUUCAAAGACCUCCCAAUUUGGAUACUGUUGUGGUUCUUGCCCAAUUGCAGAAUGAGGUGUCUCCAUCGGUGAGACGUCAGGAUUUUCCUUAUUCCCAGAAGUUAAUGGGUGGUCAUCCUCUGCCGCUGCCUCCUGUUAAAAUUGACAAGCAGUUGGGAGCUAUGGUUGAUGAUCGGCAGGCUAUGGAAGCUGCCCGUGCAUGUUUUGUUGAUGAAUGAUGGAAAUCUCUUCAUGCUCACUACCGUGCCCAGGGCCUUUGUCAAUUAUGUGCCAAGAAGUGGUCUAAAGGUCAUACUUGUGCUGACAAGAUCCAUCUCCAUGUUGUUCAUGAGCUUAUGGAGGUGUUUCAACUUAAUGAUGAUAAUGUAUCUGUUCACAAUGAAGACUCUGCUAACGAUCCACAGUAGUUCCUCACUGUAUCAGUGGCAACAGUCUCAGGGGUUUCUUCACCGAAGUCAAUGUGUAUGCAAUGCAGUAUACAAGGCCUCACUGUCCAUAUCUUGGUGGAUUCCGGCAGCUCUCACACUUUUAUUAGCCAGGAGUUGGCCGAUAAGCUAUCUGGUGUUCAACCAAAUUGUUCUGCCAUGAAUGUUCAGGUAGCCAAUGAUAAUACCUUGCAUUGCAGUUCCCAUCUUCCAAAUGCUAGUUGGUCAAUUAAUGGGUAUGCAUUCCAUGGUGAUAUGAAGACAUUGUCUAUUUCAUCCUAUGAUAUGAUUCUAGGUCUGGACUGGCUUGAGCAAUUCAGCCCAAUGAAAGUGCAUUGGAAACAAAGAUGGAUAGCUAUCCCUUAUGCUGAUCCUACUGUGGUAUUGUAUGGUGAAAGCUCAUUAUUACCUAAGGGUUCUAUCAUUCAGGUUUGUUCUGUGGAGGUAACUGUUACUGAUCCUGUUCAAGUGAACCUCCCUUACGAAGUGCAACAACUUAUUGAAGAGUUUGCUAGUGUUUUCUCAGUGCCAACAGAUCUUCCUCCACCAAGAUCUUGUGAUCAUUCUAUUCCAUUGGUGGAGGGUGCCGCUCCUGUUUAUGUUCGGCCUUACAGGUAUUUGAAUGCUAUUACCAUCAAGGGCAAAUAUCAAGUUCCAGUCAUUGAUGAAUUUCUAGAUGAAUUGGCCCAUGCUAGUUGUUUUUCAAGUUUGGAUCUCCGAUCUAGGUUCCAUCAAAUUCGAAUCAAGCCAGGUGUUAAAAAGCUUAAGAAUGGCUAUCAAGGUGUUAAUGAUGAAAUUUGGAUGCUAAGAAAAUAUUAUGGGCCAAAGUCAACUUUAAGUCAAAAUUUGACCAAAAAAGCAAAUUUGAGAUUCAAAAUCGAAAAAAUUUGACAAAAAUGUGAAGGCAAGCCUUGAAGGUAUUUAGAACUCAAAGGAAUCAAAUUGGAAGUGAAAUUCAAGUCAUAAACACCUCAAAUUCAUAGUCAAAGAUGGAUUGAUUUGGAAGUACAGUUCAUGGUCUGAAAAUACAAGUCUGAAAUUAGUAACAAUUAGUCAACUUUGAAUUUGAUUUCUGGCAGAAUUUUCAUUGAAGCUGGGGAGAUGUUUUGGGAAAUAAGUGGACUCCGAUCUAUAAUGAAGCUUUUGGACAUGUUGUUGGUCAGAGAAAAUAAAUGAUCCGUAUUUUAAAUGAGGUUCAAAAUUUGAAAGUGGUGCAGUUUUUAGCUCAGCUACUGAAACUGAGUUAAAUUUGAGAAUAGUAAUGGAUGACCAGUUGUGGGCUUGAAUUCUGAGAAAUUUCAUAUUAAAAAAUUGGAUCUUUUUGGAGCCUAAGUACUCUAGAUAUUCAAAGAACAAUAUGAACUAGUUGUUGGACAACGAAAGGAAGGAUUUUAAUUUUUAUUGGGAGCUCAAAGUUGGAAAGUGCAUACAGUUUAGACUUAAAUGUCGAACUGAAUGCCAAAUGCCAUUGAGUCUGAAAACAGUAAGGAGUGGCCUACUUUGGAUGCAAUUUUUGAUAAUUUUUACAUGUAGACCUUGGACAAGAACAUCCAAAAUGGAACAUAUAACAUGAGGUUAAUAAGUUUCAGUAGCUUUUGGACAAGGAAUAGUUGGUUUAAGUAUUUCAAUUGGAGCUCAAAGUUGAAAUGUUGCA